AUGUCGGACCCCGUCCUCUCCCCCGCUUCUGUGCCAGCGCCCACACCCCUCACCUCGACAGGUUUCAUCACCUAUCGCCGCCAGCUCCUCUCAUACCUCGCCACUCACGCCCCCGACCUCUUCUACCACCUUUACCCAUCUCCUGCUAUCGAGCCGUACCGCAAGACACCCUCCUCCCUCGUGCACCUCGUAGAGAUGGCUCUGUUCCGACCCUGGGGCCAGUUCGCGGGCGAUCAUCCGCCCUGCGCGAUGGUGAGCGUGACAGGCUUGCGGCUGUCGGAAGAGCAGUUUCUCGAAUGGGCCGACUGGGCUAGAUGUGAACGGUCUCUCCGGAAGGUCUUCCGAAAGACAUUCUCGCCUGGUAUGUGGGAAGGUAUGGGUAAUAUGUGGAGUACCAAGGAUAUCUGGGAGACGCUCGAGGCCGAAUACACCCCUUCUCCCGUCGAGCGCCAAUCACACAUCAUCUAUUGCCUCCGGUCGACUCGCCUCCCGCCCCAAGCAUCUCUUCGCGACAUUUUCAAGCUGUGGGAUACUUUCAACCUUCUAGUGAUCGAAUCCAGGGACGCUGGCUUGUUCAUCCUCGAGGAAGAAGUGGUGGAUAGGUAUAUGGGAGCUAUCGGGAGCGGCGAGGCGGGAAAGCUCGUAAGGGCGACAUAUGGAAGCAUGAGCAAGGACGAGCCUUUGAAGGGUACUUGGAGAGGAGCAAGGAGAGCGGUUCGGAUGUGCAUCAAAAAGCAAUUCGACGAUCACCAGCUCGCCAUUUCCGGCCACCCUGUCCCCAUCGCCAAAAGCUCGACGCUCAUGCCCCCCACCCCAGAGUAUGAUGAACCACUCAGCAAUACCGAGCCCAACCUACCUCCUACCCCGGAACCGACUCCCAGGCCAGCUACAAUUCCCAUCGCCCCCGACGCAUACACCAUUGUGGAUCGCGUCAAAGACCGCAGAAGAGGUAGUACGCGGACUGCUCUGAGCGAAAAAGACAGCAACGCUCUCGCAAGCCCAGUGCCGCCCAAGAAGAUGAGGAGGGAGAUUGAAGAAGUGAAGAAAGAUGGAGGCGACGCGAGGCAUAGGAGGGGAGAGAGCCUGGCUCGGGGUGAGAUGAGGGAAGUUGCUACUUCUCGUUGA